AUGAGGCUGAAUGGUGCUAACACAGUGUUAGGAUCGACUGUUACUGCUACAACAACGCAGCCAGGUAAUUCGUUCGUCGAGUCUGAAAUCUACGACAGGCUAACCUUCAAUGUCAAGGGUCCACGGUCGUAUCAACAUACCUGUCAAGCUACCCCGUUACGGAUCUACGGUCGUCAGUACGCAGCAGGUUACUACUACGGCGCCUGGUUCAACAAUUACCGCCACGGCCACAACUACACAGCCCGGGUCUACGAUUGUCAGCACUGUCGCCACAACUGUUGUAACGACGGUGCCAGUCACAAGCACUUAUGUGACUACAGCAUCUGGCGCAACUGUGACCCAGACGACCGUAUCUAUGAUCUCGUCCUCGUCCUCUUCCGCUUCGCCAUCGAGUACGUCCUCGCCGAGCAUGACGUCCUCCAGCAUGAGCUCAUCAUCCAGUAUCAUAUCCACCUCGAGCAUGAGUUCAUCGUCCAGCAUGACAUCUUCACCAUCUCUCUCGAGCUCCAGCACAGUUUCGACCACAUCCACAUCAAGCACCUCAACCACUUCCGCAGCUCCUUCGUGUACGGCAUCUGGGCAGACGUACAGCUACACUGA